AUGCGAUACAUCUGUGAAGAUCGCGUUUUUGACGACUUUGGACGGGUAAUUGUUCAUGAAAACAAAACAAUCCACUGCCCAAUCUUUUCUCUUUACCCAUCUUUUAUUGAAAAAUACAAUCUCUUCCCUGCUUCCGUCGCUAAAUCUACCUUUAAAGAGACGUGGAUUUUAAGCUCCCGACCAAGAUCAUUUUCAAGGUUUCUCGCUGGAAUAUGGGAUGAUUACGAAUCGACAGAAAGGCUUCCCUGGUGCGAUGGGUAUCCUGUUGAAACGAUGGAAUUUGCAUACAAUACUGAUCCGGAAUCAAAGGAUGUGAUGCUUUUCGAAGGCCCUGAUGGCAGUCACAAGUAA